UCUUCCCCACAUUGCCUCCCACAUUAUUUUUAAUUACUGAGAGAGGUAUUGUAAGGCUUUAGCCACAUAUAAAAUGGCUCCAAAGGCUGUCAAAAUUCUCUUUACUCAUUAUACGCUGCCUUUUAGCGCUCUCUAUAGGUAAAACGGCGUCUUUAUAGAUUGAACGCGGCAAUGCGUGAGUGGGUCGUGCAGCGCAUGCUUUAAUUAACGUUAUUAAUUCAAAAAAAUUAUUUACCGCCGUUAACGCAAUAAAUUUGAUAGCCCUACUUUAAGCCAAAACUACUCUGGAUGAGUGCAAGACAUUUUGUCUGUAACGUGAAAUACAAUUAGAAAACGAUUUAAAUAAAAAAUAUAUAUAUAUUAAAAAAAGGCAUGUCCGAUAUUUUUUUUCCGAUUCCGAUACUUUGAAAAUGACGUGAUCGGACCCGAUCGAUCGGGAUGUAAUUGUUAUAAUCAUUUGUUUCAGAUGUACUGUAAUUAUUUCCUGUAUAAAAAUUAAUUUGGUGUUUAAAAUUUUUUUUUAUCAAACCUGAGUCUUGAAAAAGAUUGGGUCGUCUUAUAAUCAGGGCCGUCUUAUAUUCGGGCCAAUAUGGUAAUAUCUUUCUGGUACUGAUCGAUAUUUAACACACAGCUGUCUCUACUUCCCAUCUGCCUCUCGAACGCUGACAAAGCCAUGAUGUUUUCCCAGGUGUGUGACAAAUUCCUCUCGGGAUGUUGCGGCUUCGAGAGCCUGUAUGACAGCGCUUUCGCACUGGGGAGCCAAAACACACAAGCAGGCUAGCACAAACACGCACACAAAAUCUGCACGGGUGAACAAGAGCUCUGAAAACAUUCCUCCAACACUCCCAAGAGAAUUGAAUAUUUGGCUACCUCUGUGAAGCACAAUUGCUUAAACAGACAGAUUUUGAUCUUCAUCACAGCUCCUCAACCCUGACUAACUUGAAAGAUGACCUGAGGGUUGCUAGGGCAACCAUGUGAGGUGAAGACAUUUGCGAUCGACAUCUCAUGAGGAUGACUGAGAGAGAUGUUGGAGUGUCACUCAGCGUCUUAGUGUGCUCGCAGGGCAAACUGAAACAUACUGUAACCUCCAUCUUUUGACAUAGCUCUCGUUGGUUUCUCUCCCCCUUUCGUCGUGUGCUCCCUCCCUCGCCUCUCCGGUCCUCGUCACCCCCUCUCUUGCAAUGCGCCCCCCUCACCAUCCUCUCUCCUCUCUGUCUGGGGUUGUGUGUGUUUGGCAACAGCUCUGGGUUUUCAUGCAGUAUAAGGCAGCUGGCAAACUACAGUAUGAUGCUGGGGAAAGACUACAUGCUGGCUAUUGUCAUUGUCAAUUACGAGGAUAUCUGGAAUGAGCAGUCAUUCCAAACAGACCCAGACCUGCCGCCUGGAUGGAAGAAGAUCACAGACAUGGCGGGUAUCUACUACUGGCAUAUUCCCACGGGUGCUACCCAGUGGGAGAGACCCGCCACCCACCCUGCACCCCCUGGACAGACAGAGAUCCAGGCGCCGGUUGACCACACGAGCUCGACACCGCGUAAACAGUCGCUGAGCUCGCUCAGCCCUUCCCCCACCACAGACCAAGAGUCAUGUCAGGCCGAGGUUUUCUUCAGGAGCUCCACUCGCUCUGGCAGCACCACAUCAGACAGCUCAGUGGAGCCUCUCAACGAACACAUCAUGCCUACGUGUGGAUUUGUCAACAGCUGUUAUUUUCCUCGAUCCACAUCGCUACAAGGAAUAUCAGAUCAAGAGUGUACCCCCCAGCAUCAAGAAGAUAAAGACAAGAAACACAUGUGGGGUGAUUUUGGCGGAAAGAUUGAUAGUGAGGUGUGGAAGGACUUGCAGGCGGCCACGGUAAACCCUGACCCCAGCUUAAAGGAGUUUGAGGGUGCCACGCUCCGCUACGCAUCACUUAAAUUAAGGAACCGUCCAGCAGUUGAAGAAGACGACUCUACCACCGGCAACAGUGAUCCACAAUCAAAGUGUUUUGCAGUCCGCUCUCUGGGAUGGGUUGAGAUGGCUGAGGAGGACCUGGCACCGGGAAAGAGCAGCGUGGCUGUUAACAACUGCAUCCGGCAGCUCUCUUACUGCAAGAAUGACAUCAGAGACACAGUCGGCAUUUGGGGCGAGGGGAAAGACAUGUACCUGUUGCUGGAGAAUAAUAUGUUAAAUCUAGUUGACCCGAUGGACCGCAGUGUUCUUCACUCUCAACCUAUCGCCAGUAUCCGUGUCUGGGGCGUUGGCCGCGACAAUGGCAGGGAUUUUGCAUAUGUGGCACGGGAUAAAAACACAAGGAUCCUAAAAUGUCAUGUGUUCCGCUGUGACACGCCCGCCAAAGCCAUCGCCACCAGCCUCCAUGAGAUCUGCUCCCGGAUUAUGACAGAGCGAAAGAAUGCCAAAGCGAUGGCAGGAGGCUCUCUCCAGGACAGGAUUCAGGCGGGCCUAGAUCUUCCGUUACAAGAAUUUCCUACACCAAAGAGUGAGCUGGUUCAGAAGUUUCAGGUCCUCUACCUUGGAAUGAUGCCGGUUGCCAGACCUAUAGGCAUGGACAUUCUAAAUGGAGCCAUAGGAAGUUUAGUCACUUCUUCUAACAAAGAGGACUGGACUCCAGUGGCUCUCAACGUGGCUGAUGCCACAGUCACAAUCAGCAAAGACAAGGAUGAAGAAGAAGUGCUGGUGGAGUGCCGCGUACGUUUCCUGUCUUUUAUGGGUGUAGGACAUGACGUCCGUACUUUCGCCUUCAUCAUGGACGCUGGCGGCCAUCGCUAUGACUGUCAUGUGUUCUGGUGCGAGCCCAACGCCGGCAGUGUGUCUGAGGCUGUUCAAGCUGCUUGUAUGCUACGGUACCAGAAGUGUUUGGUGGCGCGGCCACUCUCCCAGAAGGCCUGCGGCUCGUCGCCGCCGGGCGACUCCGUGUCCCGUCGGGUGUCGACCAGCGUCAAACGAGGCGUCCUCUCCCUCAUCGACACCCUCAAACAGAAGCGGCCCGUCACAGAGUUGCCACAGUGACCGGGAAAGCACCAAGCACUACCGACUUCCCCGGUUGCGCUCGGUCGCUAUGGUAACUACCCACAUCGCUGCAAGAAGUACCGUAGACUCCUGUAACCAUGGAAACACAGCUAAGACCCUCCAGUUUGGUCAUUUUUUUCUGCCAAAAGCAAAGCGCAACAAUCAAGCUCACGAACCUCGGUGUGAGUGUUUUCAACAUGAGAUGGCUAAUUAUGAACAGUGUACAUACAAGAGUCUCACACAGACAGCUCGCCAUUUAUUAGUCGACGUUAUUGCACGUGCUGCAGCAUGAACUCGCGCACUUGGCCGAAUGUAGACGUCAGUUACACAGUCGCCGACCUUCAGCACCGAAUCGUACAUCGCCGCCCAAUUAGAUGUGGACAGGGAAAGGGAUCAGUUAAGAUACUUGAUUUACAGUCAAAUUCCAAACUAACCGGUGAACUCAUUGGCUGCCAGUGACAGUGAUAGAGCUCCAAUCCAUUUGAAUUGGAAGGGCUGGUAGUGGUCUAUCAUACACAGUCACUCACUUCACAUUUAAACAGCACUACAAAAAAAACCAGCCAACUCAUGAUGUAAAAAUGUCAGAUUCAUUAAUUGCAGACUGUACAUCAUUUCCUAAAUAUAUUAAUGCUUGUGUUAGUUUUCAUCAGUUUUAUUGUUGAUAGGCAUGCACAAUACAGUGGGACCUCGACAUACGAUCGCUUCGACACACUAUCUUUUCGACAUCCGACGUAAAAUUUGACUCGCCAUUUGUUGCUACAUCCGAAGACAUACUCGAAACACGACGAUUAAUGACGGCGCCGCAGACGAACUCAUGGCGGAUUUACUUGUGAGAGAAAUCAACAUGGGUUCCAAGAAUGUUAGUGCAGGUAGUAAAAAAGGGAUAAAGUUGAGGCUUACCAUUGAAAUGAAGAUGGAAAUGAUAGAAAAAUAUGAGCGUGGUGCGCGGCCCGUGAACUGGCGUCCACGGCCGUAGAAUGUCUACGAUCUCAGCGAUCCUCCUCCGACCUCCAUUCGCCAGUCUUUAUAAGUUAAACUGACAAUUAUUAUUGUGGUAACAUCGCCAAAAAAACGCCAGCUUUUUCAGGUUUUUUUUAUCAUUUAUUUCAGAACUUGUGCAACACAACAUGCCUACUGUCCGCAGCAGCUGAACAAAGUGAAAGUAAAAAGUCCCUCUCUCACUCUGUCGAGUCAGCCACGCAGUGCAUUCAGGUAUACCAAGCAAAACACAUCCGCCACAUUAGAACCCGACCCGUUGCAUUAUUAAAGUUAUCAUUAUUAGUAUUAUUACUAUGAUUAUAUUAUUAUACUGAUUUGUAUUCAUAAUUUGUUUUGCUCUGUGUAAUUGCUAUUUGCAAUAGUACCAGCAGCAUUUAUUAAGGAUGUAGUGUAGAUAUUCGGGCUGUGGAAUGAAUUAAAGGAAUAAUAAUGUAUUCUAAUGGGAAAACCCUGCUCGACAUACGACCAUUCCUACUUCGUACACUUUCCUGGAACGAAUUAACUUCAUAUGUACAGGUACCACUGUAUAUCAUUUGAAAUAGCCAUUGCGAUGUGCACAUGCGCAACAGUCCUAUCGCAGGAUGUGGGAUUAUUAUUAUUAUCUUUUGAACACUUAAACUUGGUUUGGUUCAUAAAAUCAGCAAGUGUGCAGAGACAUUGCUUCCAGUAUUCCUUUUAUAUACACGACAAUCUUGAUCAUUCACAGAUAAACCCCCUUAGCCUGGACUAAACUGUAUUAUAUGAAUAUAUUUUGCAGGUUGGCAAUUUUUUGCAAUUUUUAAAUUCUUGAAUAAAUGAAAAAUAAAUACAAUUCAAUUAAAUUGAAGCACCUUAAAUCUAUAAUGCAACAAUAGAAAAAAAAAAUACAGAAACAUUUUUAUAAUGACGAAUAUGAUCAAUUGUUUCAAGAAUGUAAAAUAAAGAAACAUAACAAUAUAAUAAAAUACUAAAUGCAAUACACACAUACAAAAACAUGGUGAGUCAACUAAAGUCUUUCCAAACAUAACAAUUCAAGUCAUGUGGUGAAAAUUCAACUAGUUUUAAUAUUGCAAUAUACAGGGGUUGGACAAAAUAAUGGAAGCACCCUAAAAAAAUCAGCAAAAAAAAAUAAAAUAAAUAAUAAUAUAGUAUAGGUCAGCCUUUUUCAGCAAAUUACAGCCUCAAUUCUCCAAGGUAUUGAUUCAUACAACUUGUGACUUGUUUCCAAAGGAAUUUUAAGCCAUUCUUCAGUCAGAAUACCCUCAAACUCUUUUCGAGACGAUGGUGGUGGAAAUCGACGUCUUAACUAAAUCUCUAAAACUGACCAUAAAUGCUCAAUAAUGUUGAGGUCUGGUGAUUGUGCUGGCCAUAUAAGAUACUGAACUUCAUAAGAAUGUUCCUCAUGCUAUUCUUUAACAGUUAUGUUCAAUGAUUAUAAUGCCAAAAUGUUAGGUGUUUCCAUUAUUUUGUCCUAUCCUUGUAAAUGGUGUUAUACUUAUAUAACUGUAUAUCGCAAUACAUCACAAACCCACCAAAAACACACAAUGUAAGUUUUUUCCAAUAUCACUCAGCCCUACUUGACUUAUUAUGAUGCCAUUAAGUCAUUGACUGCUGGGCUAGGUACUGUAUAUGUAAAGUUUUCAGACGAUACAUGUUACGGUAGUCGGUAAAGGAAGGAGAACAUUUAUAUUAAUAACACUCAUCAACGGCAACAGACAUUUCAAAAAACGUCUUUUGCUAUAAAACUGGUGGUGCAACGAUUAAUCGACAACUAUUUUAUAACCAAUUAUUCGUUUGGUGCCUUCCUCACUUUAAACUUGUCAAAAUUCUUGCAGUUAUAACAGACAUAUACAGUAACUUCUCAGUCGAAACUAUCAGAUUUCUUCAUUAUAUUUUUGUUAAGUUAAAGUUGGACAUGAAUUUUUACUGAGUUUUUACUUUGGAAAACAACUGCGCAUUUUUUUGCCAAAUUUCGGACACCCUACUUUCUAAACUAGCUUCACAAUAUGGCUGCAACAACUAAUCGAUUGAAUCGAUUAAUAAAUUAGUUGCCCACGAAUUUGAUAAGCAAUGCAGUUGUAGAUUACACUUAAGUCAGGAAGCUGUAAUGAAAUAUUUUUGAAAGAAAUCUUCAUUGUUACUUACAACAUGCCUAAAACAACUUCAAGGUAAAUUGUGAAGGUAAUUAAGAAAGUUACAUUUACGCGAUUAAUCGAUUCAUCGUUUAAUUAAACAUCCGAUUAAUCAAUUAUGAAAAUAAUUGUUAGUUGCAUCCCUAUAUAAAAGGCAACCAAAGUGUUAACCAUCCAGCUCUGAUAUCUCAAAUUCCAAUUCAUAAGUCAAAACAAUAGUUCAGUUCUGUGGGACAGUUUUAUCUUAAAGCACCACAGUACAUUUUUCUGGUUAUAUUUCUGACAUGUUAGCAUGUUGAUGAGUGGGUGGGAAGUGGGCAAGCCCAGCCCUGAUCUCCUUCAACCCCUUGACAAACAAAAUAAAAACUAAAUAGUAAUAAUAAAAAAUGAUUUCAAAAUCUUUCACCUGAUUUUUUUGUUUCAACUACAUGCUGUGUCACAUCAAAAAAGUUAAUUAAAAUACAUAAUUAAAGCAACACUAGGUAACUUUUCAGCCUUUAUAAAAUCUUUUCAUAACAUGCACAAUGGACAACUAGUGGAAUAACACCUCUUUUAUAUCUUGAGGGGGUUGGUAUCGCUUUCACCAGCGCUUAUUGACUUUGAGCAGAGUGUCAGGAACCCUGCCAAACAAAAAAACUACAAAUGUGCUGCCUGCUUUACGUCAUACGUCACUUCCCCAUUUCAUUAUAAAGACUGAAGUCGAUGCGAACACUUUCAAGCUAAUACCGCAGAGAUGGCAAAGCAACAAAAGAGACAAAAAGUUUUGUCUGGGGAGGAAAAAAAGAGGGCAGCAACCAUGGAUAAAGGGAUACUCAAGAAUACACAUUGGCCCGGCUGUCAUUCAAUGGCGUGACGCCCCCCCCCCCCCCAAGCGAGUUCUGGUGGGCUGAGAGGGUUAGCCACACUAAGCCACACGGUUGCUAACCGUCAUAUGCUAUUGUUUAGCCACAACUGGAUUCAUUACCUUAUUACUAUUCAUCGUUCACACAGCCGCUAGAAACAAAAAAUGCCGUUUAAUCCAUCUUCAGGCGACCUGAUGAUGAUUUCACGACACAAUGCGGGUGUGUGCUGGUCUUCAUGGGAAACGCAGUCUUCUUAAAGCAAAACACAACCGUUUUUGUCCACUGGCGUCGCCAAAAAGUUACCUAGUGUUGCCCUAAAUAAUAAUAAUAAAUAAAUAAUAAUAAAAUAAAUCCAGAAAGUUAUUAUGAAGAAUAAAAAAGCAUAGAAUUUUAUGUAUAAUGAAAAUUAGCGGCAACGGGCAUUUAUGGUUAAAAACAGAAAAAGAAAAAAAAAAAAAAUGGAGGCUGCUUUGAUCUGGAAUGUGACUCUUUUGCGACAAUAGGCAUAAAACGCAUAAACUCAUUCACUGCCAGCCCAGGUAUAUGUGUACUAUUCACAAGAGUGUUGUGGUAGUUCGUAAAUUUUAUAUUAAAAACAAUUAGAUGUCCAAUACAUUUUGACUGGGACAAAUCUUCCACAUCCAAUAUGGCGGACACGAUGACGUGCAAUAGCAAUGGGCCAGCCUGCUGAAGGAGGUGUCUCUGUAUAUACAGUAGGUCUACCGUCUCCCCUCGCUCUCAAACUUAACACAUAAAAGACUAAAAAAUGACAAUGGGAAAGGAAGUACGACAAUGAUAACGUCAUGAAGGAGGACCUGGGUGAAUAAAAUCUUGACUUGCUCUCAUGUUCCUGCAUGCGACCUUCCUAAAUAAUACUCUAGAGGCAAUAUCAGUACUGCUGCUUUUACAUACUGAAGGAGCGAGAAAAGACAGAUGCUUGGCCUGGACGGUCAGAAAAAAACGAGUGGUGACCCUUCACCUGAAGCAUCCCCUGUACUCGCCAUUUUUGUCACCGCUCGGAUGAUGACAGAUGAUAGCCAUAAUGGAGGAGGACAUAUUAGACUGGGUGGGGUGACGUUUGGCUCCCCCAAGCAAGAAGGGAGACUGCUGCUUUCACACCCCGCAAAUGUGGGCAUGCUGUUGCUGCUCUGUGAUCCGCGUGCUGGAGGAAGUGCUACUCAGUGCAUUUAGACUUGUUGCUAUCAUUUUAUUUACGUUGUUGCUAUCAUUUUUGUCACAUUGUAAGAAGGAUAAAAAGCAAAUUGGGGGUUGUUGGCUAAGGCCAUUUUUCUCCGCAUGAACAGGGGUAUUUUCUGAAAUAUAUUUUUCUAUGCAUUUUGGCUUUAGGUCCACAUGCAAAUUCCAUUUUUAAGUCAAUUUUGUAGAUGUUUUGUAUUUGUCAUUCUGCUCACCAUAACCCGUCAGGUGGACAGAAAUGAGUUUUUCUUUGACUUCAUAUUUGCAUGUCACAUGUGUCAUAUUCAAAGCUGCCCCCCCACACACUUCGUUUAGCUGUUUACUUACAUAGUUUGCUAUCCAUAUUUCCUGUGACUUUAGGUUCCAGACUAACUGAUUUGUUCCCAUUGACAGUGAUAGACGUCUAAUAUAUCUUGACUGACAGCGCACUCCCAGUUAAAGGAGCCAUAUUUAAGAAAUGCACUUCAAUUAUUCAUUAAAUGGCCCUAAUAUUUCAACAGACUUUGAAUAAACAUGUCUUUGGUAAAUAUUUCUAACACAGUUCUAAAUGGCAAAGCUUUGAUUUUGCCAUUUUAAAAGUCGAUUGACAGCUUGUAAAAGUUUGUUUACUGCAGAUGUCCCGCCAUCCAUCAAUUAACCUAUUAGAAGACCAGUUUUGGGUCUGAAUCCAGGUUGCCCGUGCUCUGUAAUCUGUAAGCUACUUAAACUAACACGGCUACAACUUUUCUAGACAGUCUAAGUGAUUCAUGUCUUUUCACUUUUUUCCCCAAAGUAUAAUUUAAAAAAUCUUUUAUGUAUAUACAUUUCAAUAAAUGUUUUUAAGCACUUCAAAUCUAGUUAUGAUAAGUUAUAAAAUGUUACUGUCCCACCGAAUUAUUUUUAAACAAGAAUCAAGUAGAAAAAUGCUUGUCUUUAUUAAAUGCUUCAUUGAGUGAGUACACUCAAAUCCGCUCAAGCUGCUCACUUACACACUAUGAGUUGCCACAGCAACUGUUUAACAAGUUAAACGAUGAUUGACGUAUGCGAUGCUUUGAAGUUUCCGCUUCCAAGCGUUUCUGGCUAGAUCAAACCUUAACAUCUGUCAAGAAAAGCGUCAGGAGCGAGAGACAGAGACUACGUGAUCGGAUCGGACAGCUCUAUAAAAUACUGCAUUUGUUUAUUUAUUUUUUAAUUGAAAAAAAAUCCGCGAUGGACUAUAGUGAUCACUAUACUGUAUUUAUUUGUGCACUAACUUAACCCCGGUGUAAUUUGAAACCCGUAUGAUUGAAGGUGUAAUAGACAUAGGUUUAAGACUACACAUGCUUUAUGUUGGUUGACAUGAUUAUGGCUAACAUUAGUCUGUAGUUUGCUGGCAUCGUUUUUUUUCUUACUGAAAUGCAACAAUUGUAUGAUAACCAUUUGUGAUACAGAGCAAUUUCACCAAAAAGUAAAAUGCGACAUGCUUGUCUGGCAACCCGAAGAGGACAGGGAUUUUGAGCUCUUCAAUAUUUUAAUCCUGGUUGCAGGACCAUUAUUGACCAGCAAUCUUACAUAUGACUCCUUUAAAAAAUUGAAUUGACACCUAUCAAUGGCAACGUUAUGAGGUAUUUUUCACAGGCAUAAUGAAUCUGAGCACCUAUUGGAUGAUUGGUUCCAUGCAAGCAGAGGUGGGUAGUAAAGCGUUACAUGUACUCCUUUACAUUUACUUGAGUACCGGUAACUUUUUGAGAAAAAUGUACUUCUAAGAGUAGUUUUACUAAGCUGUACUUUUUACUUUUACUUGAGUAUACACAAGAUUCGUUACAUUUUUCCUCUUUACUCUCCAUAAUAGAUUUAUUUAAUUUGCCAGCAAUGCCAAGAGUAGCUCUACCAAUUUCACCAAUGAGGCAUCGCAACAAUAAUCACAUGACUCCAUUAUACCAAUCAGACGCAAGCUUGCCAUUCUGUUUUCACGCCACCCUGUUAAAUCAUGUGGUGUCUUUGAAGCGCCGUAAAAAAUGAAGUAUUUGACAUAGAGCGCUGACCUCAACAUGACUCGAAAGUGUGGAUUUUAACCUCUCUCCCAGUUUUUAUUUGGCACCGAUUGACCACGGAAAACCAGAGAUAAGAUCCUUUUAAUUUCAUACUAGUAAUUUUAAAACUACUCACUAUUUAAAUUAAGAACCAUUUUCUCCACCAGUGGGCACUAAUACUCUUUGGACGAAUAAUGCUUUAUUUAUGUAUUUUGUUUUUCCUUUUGUCGGAAUUUAUAACAACAGUUCAUCUAGGUAACUUUGUGCUCAGAAAAAAAUACCAUUGUUUGAAAAAAAAAUAAAAAAAUGUAAGUAGUUACUCACAAUGUAACUAAUUACUUGAAUAUUCUUUUCACCAAAUACAGGGUGUUCCAAAAUGGUUUACCCCAUUCUUAAUGCCCAUAUUUCGGAAACUACUUGAUGGAUCUUUAUGAAAUUAAAUACACUUUAUGUUGAAGGUUAUAAUUUUUAUUGGUUAAAUUUACAAAGAAAAGUACUAGGGUUGUUCCGAUCAUGUUUUUUUGCUCCCGAUCCGAUCCCGAUCGUUUUAGUUUGAGUAUCUGCCGACCCCGAUAUUUCCGAUCCGAUUGCUUUUUUUUUGCUCCUGAUUCAAUUCCAAUCAUUCCCGACAAUUUUUCCCGAUCAUAUACAUUUUGGCAAUGCAUUACGAAAAAAAUGAAUAAAACUCGGACAAACAUAUACAUUCAACAUACAGUACAUAAGUACUGUAUUUGUUUAUUAUGACAAUAAAUCCUCAAGAUGGCAUUUACAUUAUUAACAUUCUGUGAGAGGGAUCCACGGAUAGAAAGACUUGUGACUUUGUAUAUUGUGACUAAAUAUUGCCAUCUAGUGUAUUUGUUGAGCUUUCAGUAAAUGAUACUGUAGCCAUGCCCAAAUGCAUGAUGGAAAGUGGAACCAUGACUGUGCGUAGUGCUACCAAUUGAUAUAUCUUCUCUGCGUUGGGAAAUAACAUAAGGUGUUAAGAAAAAGAUCAAUUGCUACCUUGCUUCCCCACAUUGCUUCCCAUGAUAUUUCUAAUCGUAGGGAGAGGGAUUGUAAGGCUUUAGCCAAUUUAAAAAAGGCUCCAAAGGCUGCCAAAAUUCACUCUACUCAUUUUACGCUGCCUUUUAUCUCUCUAUAUAGGUAAAAUGGCGCCAUUACUGAUUGAGCGCGACAAUGCGUGGGUGGGUCGUGCAGCGCAUGCAUUAAUUGCGUUAAAUAUUUUAACGUGAUACAUUUUUUAAAAAAUUAAUUACCACCGUUAUCAGGAUAAAUUUGAUAACCCUACCUUAAGCCUAAACUAAAGACUCUGGAUGAGUGUAACAUAACGUUAAAUACAAUUAGAAAACGAUUUAAUUAAAAUAUAUAUAUAUAUAUUAAAAAAAGGCAUGGCCGAUAUUUUUUUGCCGAUUCCGAUACUUUGAAAAUGACGUGAUCGGACCCAAUCGAUCGGCGACAUCUCUAAAAGGUACAAAUAUUUGUUGUUUCUAUGACAGAUUUUCAUAAUUGUUCAAUAUGAGCGCCGCCUGUGACUCUGCACACGUCGAGUCGGUAUUCGAGCUCGUGCCAAAUUCGCUGUAGCAUGUCUUCGGUAACAGUUUCCAGUGUAGCUGUAAUUCUUGUUUUGUUGUUUAGUUGCUGCCUUCUUUACAAACUUUGUGAAGAAGGCACGCUGUACUGUCUUCGGUGACCGAGUCAGAGCAUACUCUUAACACAUAAAUGCCUUUUCUUUUGAAGUGAACGGUAUUUCUUAACCUGAAAAGAUAGAAAUGCCAAACAUUACACACAAAAACUUGAAACGUUUCUACACAAGCUGUAAAAAUUUGAGCUCAUUCCAACGGAAAAUUGCCAAAAUUAUUGGCCUAUGUAUUGGGGUCAAACAUUUUGGAACGCCCUGUACUUUUUUACUUGUAGUCGAGUACAUUUUUUGGACGACUACUUUUACUUUUAAUUGAGUAAUAUUAUUUUGAAGUAACGCUACUCUUUCUUGAGUUACAAAUUUUGGAUACUCUACCCACCUCUGCAUACAAGUAUGUUGGGUUAGCUAUUUUUUUGUGGUAUAAGGCAAGUGUGUGGAGCAACUUAAAAAAAAAAAAAAAAUCAACACUUGGUAUAUUUUGAGUAAGAGCAGCAAAUAAUUCCAGUGGUUAGAUUGUCACAGUUGAGGUUUGGGGUUUGAAUCUGGGCUUUGGGAUUACUAUGUGGGACUUGAAUGUUUUCUGCGUGAUUGUGGGUUUUCGGUGGCUACUCUGUUUCCCUCCCAAAUUUGGGGGGAAAAUUAUGAUAUAGACUCAUUGUAGACUCCAGAUUGUCUUCCAAGGAGAUUGACGUCCAAUGCUUUUGAACUGGGAGGACUAGUUGAUUUAAAUAGUAAAACAUGACUUAUCACUUCAUAUUUCUUGUCAAUGUGCCUUUUCUGGAAAUGUUGUCGAGUCUACUGUUUAGCUACAAUUUUCUCACAUUUACAGUAUGACUUAGAGUACCACCUGUUCAUGUAGCAUGCACUUCACAGCGAGGAAAUGUUUUGGGGUUUUUUAUUUUUUUUUUUGCUUCCAAAUUUGCCAAAGACUUUGUUCAAA